GAGAGAGAGAGAGAGAGAGAGAGAGAGAGAGAGAGAGAGAGAGAGAGAGGGAGAGAUUAGUAGUUGAGGAGAGAUAGUAGAGAGAGAGAGAGAGAGAGAGCAUUAGCUAGUGUAAAAGAAGAUGGGUAAUAGCAUAGGAGGGAAAAAGAGAACAAAGAUUAUGAAGAUUAAUGGUGAGACAAUGAAGUUAAAAACUCCACUUCAAGCAGGUUCAGUCACAAAGGACUAUCCAGGCUAUGUUCUGCUAGACUCAGAGGCUGUUAAGCAUUUCGGAAUUCGAGCAAAGCCACUAGGACCUUACCAAGAACUCAAGCCCAAAAGGCUAUACUUCUUAGUAGAAUUACCUAAAGUUGCAGAAAACAGAUCAAUGAGAAAAGUGCGAUCAGGCAUUAACAUGAGUGCUAAAGACAGACUGGAGAGCCUAAUGCUGGCCAAAAGAUCGGUUUCCGAUCUCUCGUUGAUGCAGCAGAAGAGCAGCAUUGGUGAUGAGAGGAGGGGAGUGAUGGAAAGUGAGCCCGGGAAGCUGAAAAUGAGGUUGCCGAAGGCAGAGGUGCAGAAGUUGAUGAGUGAAAGCAAGACCGAGGCCGAGGCAGCCGAGAGGCUAAUGCAGCUAUGUCUGGAUUCGAGUGAAGGCGAGACCAAUGGCCGAGUGCAUUGGAAGGACGGUGGCUAUGGUAGAGCUAGCCACGGCGUCAAGCCGCGUGAGAAGCGAGUGGCGUUCUUGCCAGUCGAUGUAGGCGAGAUUCAUGAAUCAGGAUGACAAUGCUCGCGAUUGAAGCUGCAAGAACAAUGCUUGUGCAUUCACGUCGUUAAUACUAUAUACGAGUGCAUGUAACCCGAAUGUAUAUAUGUAAUCUCUUACGAGCAAGACAGCAACUAAUGUUUUGAUUCCAAUCUUUCGAAAUUUUGGCGCAUUUUGAUUUA